AGGGGUAGCAUGACUUAAUGAUUAAUUAAGAGAUAACCCAGGUCACACACACACACACAUUCUCUAUUUUAAGCAUUAGAAUCUUAAUAAUUGUUGGAAUUAGCUGUCAGAGAAUCUCCUGCCCACACUUUCUCUAUUUCUGUCACACAAAGCUUCAAACUUUGAUUUCAUGAUUUUUUAAAGUUUCAUAUCAAGAUAUACAGCUUCCUUUAUUCUGUUCUUGUAAGAAACGAACUGGCUGUCAGAAUUUAGAGCAGUUCUGAUUCUACCUCUUUUAGGAAAUCGGUAGCUGAUUUAUUGGUAUUGCUUGAUUAGAGUUGUACAAAGCUGAGUUUUGGAUGGAUUGAUGAUCUGCUUUCAGUGUUGUAUUGGUUCAUGGUGUGUGGGGAUAUUGGCUUUAGAGAAUACCCGUGGACGUGAUUAUUAAGACCCUGUUCUGAGAAUUGUUCAGGAUUUUGGAAGAUGUCUGGUGUUCAAGACCAGCUAGAGAUCAAGUUCAGGUUAGCGGAUGGGUUGGACAUUGGUCCCAAGAGCUUUCCGGCUGCUACAAGUGUUUCUAAUUUAAAGGAAAGCAUCCUCGCUCAGUGGCCGAAAGAGAGGGGGAUUGCUCCAAGGACAGUAAAAGAUUUGAAGGUAAUUAGUGCUGGGAGAAUUUUAGAGAACAGCACAACAGUAGGAGAAUGCAGAAGCCCAUUGUUUGAUAUCCCUGGGGGAAUUACAACUAUGCAUGUGCUUGUUCAACCAGCUCCUCCUGAAAAAGAAAAGAAAGCACAAGCUGAUUCAAAACAAAACAAGUGUGUCUGUGUUAUAUUAUGAAGUACAGAGAGUUGCAACAUUUCAG